AUGUCAAAGGCGGUGGUUUACACCCUUCUAGCCACCGCCUUGUUCCUCUUCAUAGUCUUAUCUAACAAACCAAACCAUAAAAAUCACAAGAAUUAUGGCCUAGGUCGCCGUUUGGGCUACAAAGUUCCUUCUCUACUUUUUGACCCUUUAGUCACUAAAAUGGAUAGGCUGGCCAAGGAAAAUGGGUUAAUUAGAGAGAGUUCGUCUGUUGAGAGGCAAACCAGCUCAUUUCCCAGUCAUGAACAUCAUAAGGAUAUCGAUGAAUUUCUCGGCCAAGAAGGGAGGUUAAACCUAACCUUAAGGUUGAUGGUUUUGUUUCCAUUAUUGGACAAAGCACCAGAAGAUGGAUUGGUGGAUUUUAAGGAGCUUGAAGAUUGGAUAUCGCGACAACAGAUCGAUCACUUGAAUUACAGAACACAGACGGAAUUGGAAUCGCGAGACAAGGAUGGGGAUGGAGCCAUUUCCUUUACAGAGUAUCUACCUCAGUUUUCCAAAGAAGAUAUUGAGAGAAACGGAAUGGAACACGGUGAGGCUGGAUGGUGGAUGGAGCAAUUUAGGAAUGCUGACGUUGAUCGGAAUGGAAAUCUCAGCUUCAAUGAGUUCCAAGAUUUCUUGCAUCCAGAGGACAGUAAGAAUGAAGAAAUUCAGAAAUGGUUGUUGAGAGAAAAGAUAAAGCGAAUGGACUUCGACAAGGAUGGGAAACUCAAUUUCUUGGAAUUUAAAAAUGAGAUUUAUAAUUCCUACAAGACUUAUUUUGAAUUCGAAAAUGGUGGAGUAAAGGCACCUAAUCCUGAAGAAGCAUUUGCUAAGCUUGAUGUGAACAAUGACAAAUUCUUGGUAGCUGAAGAAUUGAAACCCAUACUCCACUAUUUGAGCCCCGGAGAACUUGCCUAUGCUAAAUAUUACACGAUUCAUCUAAUUCAUGAGGCUGACGAGAAUCGAGAUGGGAAACUAACGCUUGAUGAAAUGAUUAAUCACGAAUACGUAUUCUACAGAACAGUCUAUGAGGGCAGCAGAUAUGAUGACGACGAUGAUUACCACGAUGAACUAUGAAGCUUGCUUCAAAUUCAUCAUUCAAUCGCGAUCUUGGACCGACUUCAAAUCCAAGUUCUUCAAAACAAGACAUGUUGUCAGUUCUGAUCAUGGUGACACGGUUGUUUCUGCAAUCGCCAAGUUUUCACACUCAGCAU